AUGGGUAACGUCUGCCUGAGGCUCCGGACAUACCUGGAGCCCUGUCUCCCCUGCUUGUCUCACGAGACAGACAAGUCGGUGGUAAUUCCGAACCCAUGGACGGACGGCCCCCCUGAUCCUCCCCGGCCUCCAGGUCCGGAGCCCAAGGGAUGUCCUGUCCCCGGCCAGUACUUUGUGGCUCUGUUUGAUUACCAGCCUCGGACUGCAGAGGACCUGAGCUUCCGCGCGGGCGACAAGCUCCAAGUUCUGGACACGUCGCACGAGGGCUGGUGGUUCGCCAGGCACUUGGAGAGAAGGGCAGACGGCUCUGGCCAGCAGCUGCAGGGCUAUAUUCCUUCCAACUAUGUGGCGGAGGACAAGAGCCUGCAGGCAGAGCCGUGGUUCUUUGGAGCAAUCAAGAGAGCCGAUGCUGAAAAACAACUCUUAUAUUCAGAAAAUCAGACGGGUGCUUUUCUAAUCAGAGAAAGUGAAAGUCAGAAAGGCAAUUUCGCCCUUUCAGUUUUAGACGAAGGGGUUGUGAAACACUACAGAAUCAGAAGACUGGAUGAAGGGGGCUAUUUCCUCACUCAGAGAAGAACCUUUUCAACAUUGAAUGAAUUCGUGAGUUACUACACCAAGACAAGUGAUGGCCUGUGUGUCAAGCUGGAAAAACCAUGCUUAAAGAUACAAGUCCCAGCUCCCUUUGAUUUGUCAUAUAAAACUGUGGACCAGUGGGAGAUCGAUCGCAGCUCCAUACAACUUCUGAAGCGGUUAGGAGCUGGUCAGUUUGGCGAAGUGUGGGAGGGCCUAUGGAACAGUACCACUCCGGUAGCAGUGAAAACAUUAAAACCAGGUUCAAUGGAUCGGGAUGACUUCCUGAGGGAGGCACAGAUAAUGAAGAACCUAAGACAUCCAAAGCUUAUCCAGCUUUAUGCUGUUUGCACUUUAGAAGAUCCAAUUUAUAUUAUUACAGAGUUGAUGAGACAUGGAAGUCUGCAAGAAUAUCUCCAAAAUGACGCUGGAUCAAAAAUCCAUCUGACACAGCAGGUAGACAUGGCAGCCCAGGUUGCUUCUGGAAUGGCCUAUCUAGAGUCCCAGAACUACAUCCAUAGAGAUCUGGCUGCCAGAAAUGUCCUUGUUGGUGAACAUAAUAUCUACAAAGUGGCAGAUUUUGGACUUGCAAGAGUUUUUAAGGUAGAUAAUGAAGACAUGUAUGAAUCCAAACAGGAAAUAAAGCUGCCGGUGAAGUGGACUGCCCCUGAAGCUCUUCGUGCUAAUAAAUUCAGCAUUAAGUCCGAUGUGUGGUCAUUUGGAAUCCUUCUUUAUGAAAUCAUUACUUAUGGCAAAAUGCCUUAUAGUGGUAUGGCAGGUGCUCAGGUAAUCCAGAUGUUGGGUCAAAACUAUAGACUCCCUCAACCAUCUAACUGCCCAUUGCAGUUCUACAACAUCAUGUUGGAGUGCUGGAAUGCAGAGCCUAAGGACCGGCCAAAAUUUGAGACACUGUAUUGGAAAUUUGAGGAUUAUUUUGAAACAGACUCUCCAUAUGGAGAUACAAAUAACUUCAUGAUGAACACUGAAGCACAUCAAAUAAUGAAGUAGCAAUAAAGUUCAAUAAUCAGUUCAG